AAGAAAGUUUGAAAUAUUAGAGAAAUGCCAUGAUGAUUAACGAUCAAUCUUCUUGUGGAAAUACGCGCUCCAACGGUGAAAUAUGCAAUACACUUCCUUUGAUUCUCGAAUAUAUCGAUAUUUCUCACGAUCGAUUUUUGAACGGGAAGAAUGGCGGAAGGAAGCACACUUCGUCUCUAAAGAAGAAAGUAUUAUCCAGAAAGUCAUCGAGAAAGAAGUGUUAUCCAGAAGUUCUCAGGUUAUUCUUUGGUUGCAAAGAUAACAUAGAAUGCAUAGACGUCACGAUCAUUAAUGAACAAUCUGAUGAACUUUCACGGAUAGUUGAGUCAGUGUUCAAGAGGAUAAGGCCUCUCCAGGAGAUCAAUACUGCGCUUCACAGCAUUAAUUUUGUUGUGUUCUUUGGGGAAAAUUCAACGGUGGCUCUAAAGCCAAGAAUAUUCUCUACAGUCUCCAAUUCCCCUUAUCUUCUAAGAAUCUUACGAUGCUUCAAAAACUAA